AGCAAGACUCUUCCGUUGAAUUAACACUAUAAAGGAGUGUGGAAGGUAACGAUGAAGAAUCACCACAAACCUCUCAAUCAUGGCUGAAGGAGUGAAGCUGCUUGGAGCAUUGCCCAGCCCAUUUGUUUACCGAGUGAUAUGGGCUCUAAAAUUGAAGGCUAUUCCAUACGAGUUUAUAGAAGAAGAUGUCACCAAUAAAAGUCCGCUGCUUCUCAAGUAUAACCCUGUUCACAAGCAGAUCCCAGUGCUUCUCCAUGGCGACAAGCCAGUUUGCGAGUCCAUGAUCAUUGUCGAAUACAUCGAUGAGACGUGGCCCCAAAAUCCAUUGCUGCCAAAUGACCCCUACGAGAGAGCUCUGGCUCGUUUCUGGGUCAAAUUUGCCGAAGAUAAGGGUACAUCAGUGCGGAGAAUGUUUCUUGCUACAGGGGAAGAGCUUGAGAAGACAAGGAAGGAAAUCCUGGAAAUGUUGCAAAACGUAGAAGAACACGGGUUAGGGAAGAAGAAAUUUUUUGGUGGAGACAGUGUAGGGAUAGCAGAUAUAGCCUUUGGCUCCGUUGUUUAUUGGUUGGAAGUCAUUGAAGAAGUGGUAGGGGAAGGAGUAAUAUUUGAAGCCCAAAAGUUUCCUCGCCUGCAUGCCUGGAUUAAAAACUUCAAGCAAGCGCCUAUAAUUAAAGAAAACCUUCCAGAGAGAGACUGGAUGAUGACCUUCUUUAAGGGUCGCAGAGAAGCAAUUCUGGCUGCAUCUGCCUGAUCGCAGCGGCGAUACAGAUAAUAACGCGAUCUGUGGUGCGUUUUUCAGUGUUCAGGACCUCUUGCUUCGUGUCUUGUCUGUCUCUUUAUUGCAUUCGUGUCGUCUUUCAGCUGUUCGUUGUGAUAGGCCUAGGCCCGUCUUCAAGUCCUGUGGACUCGUCAUGUUACCUUCCAUGAGUGAAGUAA